GUUGGUUGGUUCGGUAAGCUUUUCCGUAAGCUUUCUCUCUCAUCUUGUCUUCGUCGGUUGGUGGUACUUUCCGUUAUCGUCGUUGUCGUCGUCAACAGCAGUUGGAGUUGCAGUGUCAUCAUCAUCGCACGGAAUUGAAAUGCCAGUGUUGGGAUCAACAUCCUUACCAUGUGGGCUAGCAGGUCGUGAAACCGGUGAUACCGAUCACGAUGGAGAGACAUUCGAAGAUCUCGUGGUGAUUACGGUGAUAAUGGCGAAAGUCCGAAAUACAUUGAUCUUGGAGUGGUUGGAGAUGGUAUUGCGGAGUGGAUUGUUGGAUGUGGUUAAUCACAAACAAGUCAUAGGUAUCGGUGAAGAACCCACUCCGGCUACGACACAGAUUCGACGUGGAACCAGCCAAACUUGGCAUUAUCGAUCUCUGCGAGAGCUUGUCUUCCCAUGGUUAUGCCUCACGAUAAAGUGGAUGAUGAAUGAGGAUGAGGAUGGUUUAACUCUCGCUGAACG